AAAUUAUUAUUUUUGUCUGUUUUUAGGGUGAUAAAAUGGGCAGUUUGACACAGUUUGCCUCUCAAAGAUGAAUUCCCUCUAUAGCUGGUGCUGAUGAAAGUGAGGCACGAGAUAAAAGGAAAUAAGCAUUAAGUGCCUACUAUGGACCAGGGCACCAUGCUAAGCACUUUGCAAACGUUAUCAAACAUGAUCCUCACACCCAUCCUAAAAGGUAAUGGCAUCAGCAGCUGAAGAAUUUACAGUGGACAACAACUUUUCACCUAAAGCUGGUACCAGCAAAUUGCAGUGGACAGUUCCAGCUGAUGCUUCUCCCGAUUCCAAGUGCCCUAUAUGUUUGGACAAAUUUGACAAUGUGGCAUAUCUGGGUCAUUGCUUACAUAAGUUCUGUUUCCGCUGUGUCCAAGAAUGGUCAAAAAACAAAGCUGAAUGUCCACUCUGCAAACAGCCAUUUCAAUCUAUCUUCCACUCAGUGAGGGCAGAAAAUGACUUUGAGGAAUAUGUCCUAAGACCCUCAUAUAGGAACAUGACCAAGGAAUAUGUUCAAGGAUCUUUUGCUAGUCCUGAUGGGCGAAGAUUUCGCUACCGAACAACUAGCUGGAGAAGGGAAAGAAGUGCUUCUGCUUAUUCCCAAAGGAGUACUUCUCUUCGAAGGACUGAAACGCCACCUGAUAAUGGAGUGCUAUUUGAAGGAUUAUCUGCCCCACCAAUACGACAGAGAGACAGUGGAAUUCAUCAUAUAUUGCGACAAGAAGGAAGAUCCUUGCGGAAAAUUCAAGAAUCAGAUAUGAUCAAUUUCAGAAGAACACUAUAUCGUUCUGGGAUUCGUGUUAGACAUAUACAAGAUGGUGGCCGCUACAGGGAUAUUUCAGCUGAAUUUUUCCGUAGAAAUCCUGCUUGCCUUCAUCGGUUAGUUCCAUGGUUAAAGCGUGAACUAACAGUUCUUUUUGGAACACAUGGCUCUUUAGUCAAUAUUGUUCAGCACAUCAUCAUGAGCAAUGUUACUCGUUAUGACCUAGAGAGUCAAGCUUUUGUUGAUGACUUAAAACCUUUUUUACUUAACCGUACUGACCAUUUUUUACAUGAAUUUAUCAGUUUUGCUCGAUCUCCAUUUAACAUGGAGGCUUUUGAUCAACAUGCUAAUUAUGACUGCCCUGCACCUUCAUAUGAGGAAGGUAGCCAGUCAGAUUCUUCAGUUAUUACUAUAUCUCCUGAUGAAGCAGAUAAUCAAGAACUAGAUGCUAAUACAUUGGCUGCUAGUCAAGCUCCAUGGGAUGAUGAAACUCCAGGGCCAUCGUAUUCAAGCUCAGAGCAAGUUUAUGCAUCUGUGUCUUCCCCUUUAAAUACUUCUGACAGUUCGGAUGAAGAACUUUUAAGAAGUAGACCCCAGACACCAAUGGGAAUAGACCCCCAUCAAGACCUAAAUGAUGAUGUUGAUUCUUCAUCAGAUAAUUGUGUCAUUGUUGGAUAUGUUAAACCAUUAGCUGAGAGAACUCCAGAACUUGUUGAAUUGUCUUCUGACUCCGAAGAAUCAGAAUCUGAGAAAAAUGAAUUGGCAAAGAAGCCAGAUCCCAGCUCCUGUGAUAGUGAUUUUAGUUCAUCUCCACAUUCAUUUGUUUCAAAAGAUGAGCAAAUAAAUAAAAGUCAUUAUAACUCUGAUAGCUCACCCUCUCCCUCUAGUAGGAUACUUCGAUCAAAAAAAGAGAAACGAUCAGUUUCAUCAUCUCCCAGGGGCUUGAGUUCAUCAAUGACAGUAGAAAGAGUAUGUUCUCCAUGUAGUCAUAGAUUGUCCAAAAAGAGGGGAAGAUCAAGAAGUUCAGAUUCAUAUUCUUACAGCAGAGAUGGACAUGACCGAAAGAGCUGUAGGAAACAUCGUGGAAAGAGACGGACAAAAAGCAGACGAUCAAGAAGCAGAGAGAGUAGCCAACUUAAAGACAGAAAAGGCAAGAAGACAUCAAGAACUAGAGAUAACAGUUGGUCUAGAAAAAGCCAAACAGUAUCUUUAAGCAGUGAAAGCACUGUUUCUAGAGAGAGAAGCAGAUCAAGGUCCCGUAGCAGUGAUCAUGGUAAAAGAAGAUCAAGAAGCAGGGAUAGGGACCGAUAUUAUUUAAGAAAUAAUUAUACAAGACGGUAUCAAUGGGAGUAUACUUACUAUAGUAGAAACAGAGAUGGCUAUGAGUCAUCAUAUAGGAAGAGAACUCUAGCUAAAGCUCAUUAUCCUAGAAAAUCUUCUAGCCCAGAAUUUAGAAUUCAGACCUUUUCAGAACGCACAAAUGCUAGGAAGGAGAGUAGUCACAAUGAAAGGAGGCAUUACCAUAAUGAGAGGCACAGGUCAAGGAGUCGGUCCAGUAAUACAAGGGAUGUGUCUGUUGGAUCUGACCGAGGGAGAUGUGAAAAACCUGGGGGAAAACGAAAGUACAAAACUCGGCACUUGGAAGGUACCCAUAAAGAGACUGAACAGUCUUAUGAAGAUUCUUCCAAAGGAAAGGAAGAAUGUUUUGAGAAAUCUUCUAAAUUUUGUGAAAGCUACAAAAAUGAAAGUGACAGCUUUUCAGAUAGAUCCAGCAGGGACAGACACAAGAAGAGGAAAAAGAGGAUCCGAAGCCCAAGUGUAGAGAUAGUUUAUGAAGGCAAAACUACUGACACAAGUAGACAUCAUAAAAAGAAAAAGAAAAAACAUAGGAGAAGACAUAAGAGACAUCAUGCAGGUAAUUCUUUUCAGUCUUCUCCAAUUGUGAUUACAAUUGAGACUGAUAGUGACAAGGAACCAGAAGUGAAAGAAAACUUUGAGUGUGAUAGUCAUGCCACCUUGAUUACUCAGUAUAAUAAAAAGGACUCUUUUUCUCCUGUACGUGAACUGAUUAAAAAGAAAGAUAAAUUUGCUCUAGAUGAUGAAAUUACUAUCUUGGACAAGGAAUAUGAAAUCACAUGUAAUGGUGAUUUGGAUAAUGACACCAAGAUUGUAGAUAAUUUUCCAUUCCAGGAAACCUCAAAUGAACAUUCUUCUGAUAUGGGAGAGAGCAACUUUGUUUCUGGUAUGACCAACCUGCACAGUGACAUUGAAUCUAUAGAGAUUGAACCAUCUGUACAGUUGCCAUCUCCAAAGUCCUCAGUAAUAGAGACUUCUCCAGAAAGACCAUCAUUAAUACUAAGACUGCCAAAGCAUCUGAUAGAGAAAUCUUGUAUUGGUCAUGAAGAAAAGACAUAACAUGUUUUACAUUUAACGAAGAUAUUGUAACGAUGAAAACUUCCUGGUGAAGAUAUUUUUUUCUUCCCUAAUUUAAACUCCUUAAAGUGAUUUUCAAGUUAAGGUUUUGUAAGAGCAUUUUAUUCAGAAAGUGAACAAAACUCCAAGAUGAGCACUUUUGAGUAAAAAAAAAAACCAACAAAAAACAAAAAAACCCUUGCUAACAGUUUAUUUAAAACUUGUAUUCUUUUUUCUAAAUAAAAAUGUAAAAUUUAGAAGUUGUAAUUCAUAAAGCCAUAUUGAAUUCUCAUUCUGGAAAAUAUUCAAUGGAUAUUUUAAAAUUAUGAUUUUUAAGAGAGAAUUAUGGAAAUUUGCUUACAAAACUUUAUCAUGGGCAAAGUUGUUUUAUUUUUUUUUUAGAAAAUUUUUAUGAUUUGAAAAAAGCUUUGAAGGUUAAUUCAGACUAUUUUUAGCUGCAUGACUUGCUUUGACUUCCCCUUAAGAAUUAAGUUUUCAUUUUUUUUAUACAUGUCUAACUUGACUGCUAAUGAAAUUUGAAUUCAGCAAAAAGCUCAAUAAAGCAAUAAUAUUUUAACCAAAAAAAAAUCACAAAUUUCCCACCAUGAUAUUUUUUUGGUAGCAUAGCAUGAAAUGCUUGAAUUGAAGCUUAAUCCUAGAAAAUUUCUGAUGGUAAAGCUGUCAUUUUUCACACUUUAUUUUAAAUGUUUUUUUUAAAGUUAUGCACUAUUUUACAUAUUUUAUUCAAGAUUAUAAGUAUAACAUUUGUUUCCUCCUAAAGAGCUUCACUUUAAUUUUGUGAAAUACUUUAGUUUGGUAUCAUAUUUGGUAUCCUCAGUAGGAAAUGUUUCAUCCAUGGUCUCUCAACUUUGUUUUAUAGUUGAGAAAAUAACCAUUCAUUUUAAAUACAGAUUUAGAGGUGAGCAGCAGCCUCUGGAUUUAUUAUGAAUUUGACCUGUGAGUAGUAAUAGUUUCUUCAGCUUGGAGUUAAAAAUAAUGUACAAAUGGGAAAAAUUAUUUUAGAGGUGGUAAUGAGAAACAAGUUUAGUUCAUAAAGAAAGGUAGAAGGAAGAUUAUAGAGAAGGUUGAGAUAAUCAAAUUUACAAUUUAAAAGGAUUAUGGUGUUUUAAAAAUUAAAGUUUUAAGGGUAUAUUUGGGAGACAAUUUCCUUUAUCUGAGAUAUUUCAUAUUUUUUUCAAAUUAACAAUUUCUUAGUAAUUUGGACUCAGUGAUUUUGUUCUUUUUAAUAUAAUUUGUGAUUCAAUAACAGCUUUAACUUUCAUUUGAAUGUAUCAGCAAGUGGUCUGUAAAAUUUUUUUUAAAUGUGCUGAAGAAUUCAGUACCUAUUUUUGGGCAUAUGUAUCAAAAUUACCAUCUUUGAAUCCUUUUUUGGUUUAAAAAUACUUUUUAAGUUCUUAUACAUAUAUAAAUUUUGAGAUUUUUGUCUUUGCUUUUCUGCUCCUUGCUAUCACAAAAUUGGGCUUCUGCAGAUGUCUCUGUUUUGUCUCAUUUUAGUACUAGUCUAUAGAACACUCAGAUCAACGGACAUUAAGUGCCUACAUAUGAAGAAUUGUCCUUCAGGGUUAGAAGAACAUAUAACAUACAAGUCCUUAAUGUUAUGGAAUCUGGAGGCUUACAAACUAGGAAAGAAAGAUAUAUGACAUAUAAAAUAUAACAUUAAAUGGAACGAUUGCCUAAGUAUACAGGAUUAUAUAUUAUUUGAAGUCCAUAGAUUAGGUGGCAUUUGAGCUGUCAUGAAGGAUGGGUAGAAUUUCAUCAGGUUUCAGAGAAAGGUAAACAGCCAGGAUAUAGGAUUGGGUGCUGUUUAGUGUUGUUUAAUAAAGGCUUGGAGAUGGAAGAUCCCAGAAUGUGUAUAGGGAGAGUAUAGUAUUUUUUAAAUGGAGCAUAUGAUAAUUUAUUACAGUUUAUUAAAACCAUUCUAGAGCAUCUAUGUUUGAGGAUUUAAAUGUCUUUUUUAGUUUCUCAGCUUUUAAAAAAAUGUAUAGUGAGUUUACACUUCUGUGAUCCUUAUUAUAGUAGCAUUUAAAAUUAACUCAGUCUUUGUGGAUUUAAAUGUUUUCCAAUUUCUUAGCUAUUUCCUUUUCAAUUUUUACUUUUCUCAGUUUUGUUCUGUAAUUUUUAAAGAAUCCUAUAGAAAAUCUGUCUAUAUACAUAUAUAUAUGAAAAAUAGAGCACCUUUAAUACAGUAUUAGGAGCUUAAUAAAUAUUUGAAUGAAAGAAGUUGAGGAACCCUGAUUCUACCACUUAGUUGUGUGACUAGUGAAAGUACUUACUUUUUCUUUACCUCAUUUUCUUAUUGUUAAAUUAUAAGAUUGAGAUAGAUCAGCAUUUCUCGAACUUUUUUGGUUUCAGGACCUUGUUACAUAUUUUUGAAAUUAUUGAGGACCCCAAACAGCUUUUGUUUAUGUGGGUUGUAUAUGUCAAUAUUUGUAGUAUUAGAAAACCUGAUAAAGUUUUAGAGUAUUCAUUAAAAAAUGUAAUUAAAAAUUACAUGUUGACAUAAAUAUCACUUUUUAUGAAAAAUGUAUUUUCAGAAUCAAAAUUUAAGAGGUAUUCUCAUCUGCUACUGAAUUCAGUCUGUUGAGAUACUGAAGUUGGGAAAGAAGAGUAUUUUAAUGAGCAAAUAGUCUUAGUAUUAUGAAAUUGGUUUUGAUCUUGUGGAUCCCCUAAAAAUUAUUGAUUUUUGCUAAGGUUCUUUCCUGUUUUAAUACUUAAUGAUGGUUUCCAUGACCUACCCCUUUAUUUAAAUUCCGCUUUAAUUUUCUAUUCCUUUGCUAAUCUGUAUGUUCUAUCAACAAAUGCUUUAGUUAUCAUUAUUAAGCAUACUUCUCUUCCCCUUUCUCUUUAGAUGAUAUUAUGGAAGUUGCUAAUUACUGUCUUCAUUUAUAGAAUCAUAGAAUCUCAGAGUAGAAACGACCCUUUGAUCCAAUACAUAGCUGAAGCAAGAAUCCCCUUUAUGAUAUUUCUGAGUGGUGAUCUUGUAACCUCAUUUUGAAAACCUCUAGUGAUGGACUUUAUCUCCUGAGUUCCACUUUAUAUAUACAAAUGUUAGUUAUAGUGAUCUUAAAUCAGCUAUCUCCUGAUGGCCAAGAACAAGUUUAGUGCUUUUUCAACACUAUUGUCCCUCAGAAAAAGUCAUGAACAAAUUCAUCUUAACUGAAAAAGGUUUUUAUGGACUAAACAUUGACUUCCCAGUUCAUUUUAAUUUGUUGUGUUAUGAUGGAACAAGUAAUGGUUGAUUUAGGCCUGUGCUCAUUUGAGUUUGUAGCUUGACUGCUUGCUAGAAUUAAAGAAAUAGAAUUGGAAUUUCUGCCAGCCUCUUUACACCACGUGGGAAGAGCUAAUCUUAUCCUUAAAAGUUUUGAAAUUGUUCUUGACAUUCAAAUGGCUCAGGCCUUUGACUGACUUGGUCACCUGAGUAUAAAAACAAAAAAAGCUGGAAUCUCCAUUAAGGUCCAGAGGCUGGACCUGUGGACUUGGGCAACUGAAGCCCAGGAAGCUAUAUUCAUUUGAAUCAGUGCCAUAUCACUAUUGGAAUAUUCCUUUUCCCUCCAUUUCCCCCAUGAAUAACAUUUGCACAGUGUCUCUAGCCUGGAAGGAAAAAAAUGUUGCAGCAUAUAGCAAUGCUAUUUAAAUGAUAAUUUUAAAAGGACUCCUUCCUUGUAUAAGUUCUACUGCCACAAAUACUGGUUCAGUUUCUGAUAUCAAGUCCCUAUUCCCUCUGGUGAAGUAUGAAGGUACCUGAGGAUGGUUAAGAUGGGUUUAUGAGAUUCUUGGGUUUGAAGUAGUGAGACAGAAACUCAGACAAAAAGCACGAUCUCCUGAUUUGGUUCAAGGAUAAAGAAUAUCCUGGUGAGCGUAAAGGCAGAUUCUUUAAUGUACCUUGCAAUCAGAACUGGCUAGCUUGAGGAUGAAAAAAAAUCAUUUAUAUAACAUCUGUGUGCCAAGGACUAUCCUGAGCACUUUAUAGAUCUCAUUUAAUCCUCAUGGCAACCCUUGAAGGUAGGUGAUACUAUGUUCAUUUUACAAUGGAAGAAACAGGUAGUAGAUAGAGGGUAAGUAACUUGCCCAAGUCACACAGCUAGCAAGUAUCUUGAGCCAAAUUUGAACUUGGAUCUCAUGACUCUAGGACUAACAACCCACUACACCAUCCAGCUGCCUCUAGAAACUGAAGAGCACAAGAUUUAAUUUAAUAUGUUAUCUCAAUGCAAAUAAGCUCCCACACCUUUUUGCCCUACUGUCAUAUCCCAUUUCCAGUCCAGUCAAUGGACAUCUACUUAUCUCCUUUUUACAUGACCCAUGGCCAUCUCAUGUCAAAGAAAUAUUUUACCGAGAAACACUUUCAUAUUUCUGUUAUGGAUCCAACCCAGACUUGCACCUUUACCUUCCAUUGUUUCUCAUGAUUCAUUUCCAGUCAGUUGCCAACCUACUCACAAGAAUAUCUCUGAUCCCUCACAUUUGCCACCACCCUAGUUCAGGCCCAUAUCACCUUUCCUAGAUCAUUGCAGUUUCCUAAUUGGUCUUUCUCCAGUUUCUCUUUACCAUCCUUCACACACACAGUUUGUCAAAUUGAUAACUGUUAAAUUCUACUUCAGUAGCUCCCUACUAAUAGACUAAAUUUGUAAAAAUUCUUUUUGGCAAUUAAAGCCAAAGCUCAUGACAACUGAUCUUUCCAGACUUCAUCUUCAAGUUACCUUCAAGUUUUAACUAAAGUGAAACUUCUGUGUAUACAAUUUGUCCCCUAUUCUUUCCUUUUGGAAUCCCCAGCUUUCUUUCAUUCUCUGCUUGUGGUGCCAAUCCUAUUAUAUUGACCUUUGAUGUUCCCAGUUGUCACUGUUCUUCCAUCAGCCCCCGUCACUUUGUAUAUAAGUAAAACUGUAAAUAUUUUGUAUUUAUGUAUGUUCAUGUUGUUCUCUUCACCCCUACCCCUGUAGAAUGUAAACUGGAAGGUGGGGGGGACUGUUUUACAUUUUUGUUUUUGAAUCCCCUGUGCCUGACACUUUGGGUGUUUAAAUGCUUGUUAAAUUGAAUUGACUUGCCCAGAGGGUUGAAUAUGGUAAUUAUGUCUGGAACCUGGGGAAAUGGCAGCUUUGGAACUUAUCCUCUCAGGAGUCCCCCUAUAUGCUCACCCACAUUCCACCAACCAUAUUCUUGACAGCCUAACCAUGACCAAGUUUAAGGUUUUAGGUCCUGAAAUAGCCACUUACACCAGUUGGGAACCACCAGCUACAAUUCUGCUUAGAUGGACCAGCAGACUUUACCGUCUAAAUUGAUCAUGAAAAGAACCUAUGGGCUUUACUGUUUGUCCUCUUAUUCUGUCCUCCCCCAGAUAUUACCAUCUGCCUUGCAGUUGAAUCCUCCUAUAUAUGUAUCAUCUCUACCAAUUAGAUUGUACACUCCUUGAGAGCAGGGACUGUCUAGCUUUUCUAUUUGUAUUCCCAGUGUUUAACAAUAGUUGAGACAAGUUGUUAAUAAAUGCCUUUUCAUUCAUUCA